AUGUCACCACCCACUACGACCUCAAUGACCUUCUACGACAUCGCCCUCGCACCCCCUCCCGAAAAAAACGCCUGCUCCCCAAAUCCCUGGAAAAUCCGAUUCGCCCUGAACUUCAAGAACACCCCCUACAAAACAACCUGGGUACCCCUACUAGAUAUUAGCUCCGUCCGGGGCGCUCUCAACAUCCCCGCCUCACGCACAUUCGCCGACGGAUCCCCCUACCACACCCUCCCCGUUCUCUCAGACCCAGCCACUGGACGCACAGUGGGUGACUCCUUUGAAAUCGCGACAUACCUGCAGGAACAAUACCCGUCGUCGGGCGCGGGAGACUUGUUCCCAGCGCAGCAGCUCGAGUUCGUGUUUGGGCGGGACCUGGGACUUUACGCCCCGGUUGCGGAGGCGCAGGUCGCUGAGGAGCUUGCUGCGGCGUACGUGAAGUUCAAUACGAGUGUCGAUUCGUUGUUUAGUGCGCAUAUGCGCCUGAUGGUCGAUGGAUUCCCUUUUGAUCCCGCUGUUGUGGAGGAGUGCAAGGCGAGGUUCUCGCAGAGAAUAGGAGUGCCGUGGGAUACUUUGACGGUCAGUGGGGAGGAGAGGGAGGAGUUGUUGAAGGCGUUUGAGGAGACCCUAGGUGGACUUGCGAAGUUGUACACAAGAAAUGCGAGUGGGCCGUUCCUGAUGGGGAGUAAGGCAAGUUAUGCGGAUUUCAUCGUUGGGGGGUGGUUGCGCCUGAGUCGGGUCAUGUUGCCGGGGGAGGAAUGGGAAGCGUUGAAGGGGUGGCAUAACGGUGUAUUUGGAAGGUUACAUGAGGCGCUGGAGGUGUUUGCGCAGAUGGACUAG